AAGAAGCAUAAACAAUUGGAUUAGAGCUCUGACAUUUUGGACCACAAGUGAUGUUAAAACAAUUUGAAUGUAUUGGAGCAUAGCUACUUCUUAAAAUGCAAAAGUUCAAGGAAAUUAUUGCUUAUCAAAACCUGCUGAGUAUCUGAAUUUUCUAGACAUCCUGCAUUUAAAUGUGUCCUUAAAUAUCCAUGAUUAAGAUCUCAUGCAACCAUUGUAUAUUUUGGAGACUAUUCUCCAAAAGAGAACUGUGCAUUUAAGAAGCAGAAAUGACUGUGUUUUCUCUUGGAACUUACUAAGGUUGAACAUACUGAAAGACCAUGACCAGCUUGAAGCGGUCCCAGACCGAAAGGGCUGUUGCCACUGGGGUAUCAGUCGGAACAGAUGGCACCUCAAAAGUCCACUCGGAUGACUUUUAUAUGAGGCGCUUUAGGUCACAGAAUGGCAGCUUAGGAUCUGCAGUCAUGGCGCCAGUUGGACCUCCUCGCAAUGAAAGUUCCCAUCAUGUUACCUCUACCCCUGGAGUCCCUAAAAUGGGGGUCAGGGCAAGGAUUGCUGAUUGGCCCCCGAGGAAGGAGAACAUCAAGGAAACAAGCAGAUCUAGUCAAGACAUUGACACAUCAAGUUGCCUUGACAGCAUGUCUUCUAAAAGCAGCCCUGGGAGUCAGGGAAGCUCUGUUAACCUGAAUGCUAGCGAUUCUGUCAUGUUAAAGAGCAUCCAGAGCACCCUUAAAAACAAGACCAGACAAUCUGACAAUCUAGACUCCAGGUUUCUUACACCUGAUGGCUAUCCCAGUUCCCCAAGGAAAGCUCUUCGCAGAAUAAGACAGCGCAGCAACAGCGACAUUACCAUAAGUGAACUUGAUGUUGAUAGUUUUGAUGAAUGUAUUUCACCCACUUUUAAAUCUGGACCAUCCCUGCACAGGGAGUAUGGCAGCACAUCUUCCAUAGAUAAGCAGGGAACUUCAGGGGAAAGUUUUUUUGACUUACUGAAGGGCUAUAAAGAUGAAAAGUCUGAUCAGAGAAGCCCAGCCACAGCUAAGCUCAGUGAACUCCUGAUUGCUAGUGGAAGCAAGGGUUCAGGAUUCUCUCUAGAUGUGAUAGAUGGACCUAUUACUCAAAGGGAAAACCUGAGACUCUUUAAGGAAAGGGAGAAGCCACUCAAGAGACGGUCAAAAUCAGAGACAGGAGAUUCAUCCAUUUUUCGUAAGCUGCGCAAUGCCAAAGGUGAAGGGGAGCUUGGGAAGUCUUCAGAUCUUGAAGAUAACAGGUCAGAAGAUAGCGUCAAGCCUUGGACUUGUCCGAAAUGUUUCGCUCAUUAUGAUGUACAGAGUAUUUUAUUUGAUUUAAAUGAAGCGGCAAUCAACAGGCAUAAUGUUAUUAAAAGAAGGAACACAACCACAGGUGCAUCUGCUGCUGCUGUGGCAUCACUUGUCUCUGGACCCUUGUCCCAUUCUGCAAGUUUCAAUUCUCCAAUGGGCAGCACUGAAGACCUGAAUUCAAAAGGAAGUCUCAAUAUGGACCAGGGGGAUGAUAAAAGCAAUGAACUUGUGAUGAGUUGUCCUUAUUUUCGUAAUGAGAUUGGUGGGGAAGGGGAGAGGAAGAUCAGCCUUUCCAAAUCUAAUUCAGGUUCCUUCAGUGGAUGUGAAAGUGCCUCAUUUGAGUCGACUCUGAGUUCUCAUUGCACGAAUGCUGGAGUAGCAGUUCUGGAAGUUCCCAAGGAGAAUCUGAUUUUACAUCUAGACAGAGUGAAAAGAUACAUCGUUGAACAUGUAGACCUUGGUGCAUAUUAUUAUCGAAAAUUCUUCUAUCAGAAAGAACACUGGAACUAUUUUGGGGCAGAUGAGAACCUGGGUCCAGUAGCUGUUAGUAUAAGAAGAGAGAAGCCAGAAGAAAUCAAAGAAAAUGGACCUCAAUACAACUACCGGAUCAUAUUUAGAACCAGUGAGCUUAUGACAUUAAGAGGCUCUGUGCUGGAAGAUGCUAUCCCUUCAACUGCAAAGCAUUGCACAGCCAGGGGACUUCCUCUAAAAGAAGUGCUGGAGUACGUGGUUCCUGAGCUGAAUAUCCAUUGCCUAAGGCUGGCCUUCAACACUCCGAAAGUCACAGAACAGCUUAUGAAGCUGGAUGAACAAGGGUUAAGUUACCAACUUAAGGUGGGUAUCAUGUACUGCAAGGCCGGGCAAAGCACAGAAGAGGAAAUGUAUAAUAAUGAAUCAGCGGGUCCAGCCUUUGAAGAGUUUCUUCAGCUGUUGGGAGAACGAGUUCGACUCAAGGGAUUUGAAAAGUAUCGUGCUCAGCUGGAUACAAAGA